ACCGACAGAGCAAAGCAAAGUGUUCAGGUUAUAAUGAGACCACAGCUGCUCCGCUCCUCGCUCGGCUGCUUGGUGACUCUUCUCUCCCCUUUUCCCGCUUCCUGUACCAACAAAGGAGUCACACGAACAGCAGCGGCUGUAACCAGUUUAUAUUAUUCCAGAAAAAUGAUGCACUAUCAAACGGAGGAGAGAGGACACCCAAAUUCUCCAGACUACCGCAUUUAUUUUAAAACCUCUGAUGGGAAAUACAUUUCACCGUUCCAUGAUAUUCCUCUUAAAGCUGAGUCAGAGAAGGAUAACGAUGUUCCGGCUAAAAAACCUAAGAGUGAGAUGAAGGUGCUGUACAACAUGGUGGUUGAGGUGCCUCGGUGGUCGAACGCUAAAAUGGAAAUUGCAACGAAGGAGCCGCUGAAUCCGAUCAAACAAGAUGUGAAGAAGGGAAAGCUCAGAUAUGUUGCCAACAUAUUUCCUCAUAAAGGAUACAUCUGGAACUAUGGAGCGCUCCCCCAGACCUGGGAGGACCCAAACCACAAGGACAAAGAAACAAACUGCUGCGGUGACAACGAUCCCAUUGAUGUCUGUGACAUCGGCACGCAGGUGUGCUCUCCAGGUCAGGUGAUCCAAGUAAAGGUUCUGGGCAUCCUGGCAAUGAUAGACGAGGGAGAGAUGGACUGGAAGGUGAUCGCCAUCAAUGCCAACGACCCAGAUGCUGAGAAGCUCAACUGUAUAGAAGACGUUCGCCGGAGCCGACCAGGUCAUUUGGAGGCUACUGUUGAGUGGUUUAGGAAAUACAAGGUGCCCGACGGAAAGCCUGAAAACCAGUUUGGAUUUAAUGAAGAAUUCAAAGACAAGGAUUUUGCAGUCGAGAUAAUCGAGUCCACCCAUGAGCACUGGAGGGCACUUGUGCACAAGCAAACGCAUGCUGGAGGGAUCGAAUGUAAGAACAUGUCCUGCUGUGGCAGCCCUUUCCAGUUCAGCGCUGAAGAAGCCAGAGCUGUCGUUCAGUCGGCUCCUGCGUUUGGUAAUGCACAUCCUGUCUCUGCAGAAGUGAACAAGUGGCAUUUCGUAUGACCUCCUUAAUUUAUCGUGGGAAACAUCGGAAAGUCUUGGUUGAAAUUAAGUAAUCCUGCCGCUAAUUAUGCAAACAGGUGGAUAUAUUUUUUUUUUAUACGUUUCAGCAGCGGAAUAAUGUGACAAAUUAAUUUAAGAUUAUCAAAAGGGAACAUAUGGUCCAACAAAGACACUCAUGUUUCAGAGCCAAAUGAUUUUUAUAUUUUAAGCAGUACACUAAGUUGGUUAUGUACUUGAUUGUUUUGAUUUAAUGUAUGCUUUGAUCUGACAACAAUCAACAGAUAUUGGUUUUUUUUUUCAGCGACAGACAUUGUGUAUACAGUAAAACACAUUUCUAAUUUUGGAUAAAUAAAUAAAAUGUCUAAACCUGACCU